ACAAAACCGGCAGUUUGAAAAGCAGCAAGAACAGAUUUCUGGAGUCAUUGCUUCAGAUAUGAUACAUGAGUAAGUUGGUUUAAUAUUAGACAUAAUGGGUCCUUUGUACGACACUUAAGCCCCGUUUACACUACGCUCAAUUUUUGGUACGGCACGGAUAAAAGUAGUACCCGUACUACUUUUUUGGUUCUUGGACUACCUAUUUAGGUAGUCCAAGAACCAAAAAAUGGUGCAGUACCAAAAAUUGAGCGUAGUGUAAACGGGGCUUUGCUAAAUAGGUAGUCCAAGACCAAAAAUGUGGUACGGGUACCAAUUUUAUCCGUGCCGUACCAAAAAUUGAGCGUAGUGUAAACGGGGCUUUAGUAUAGGUAAUAGUAUGGUUUCGAAUGCAAUUUGGAUAAAACAUGCCCAAGCAGGGUUUUUUCAGGAUUUUCUCUUGGGUCCGUUUUUGCAGAGAAGAUUGAGUUUAGCUGAACAGCUGGGGUGGCUGCACCCCCCCCCCCUCCCUACCGGGGGGCUGACACCUGUACUCAGUAAAUGUAGUUGAGACGGAAUGUGUUAAUUAAAACAGGGGCACUAAGGGACACUAUAAACUGGUUAAAGAUGGCGAAUGCAUAGUUUUUCUUGUGUUGUGAGAUGAAUUCCAGCCAUUUUUUCUUAAUUGUCGUGUUUCCAACUGAAAACUAAUUUCCACACGUCACGAAUUUAACUCAAACAACUUCAUUUUUACUGCACUGAAACUUUGGUGAGAAGAUUGAGUUUCAAAACUCAAUUCAAGAUCGAGUUUUUGGGGCCGUAAAAAAUCCCUGAAAAAAACCCUGCCCAGUGAGUUUUUCAAAGAGCAUCAAAAUAGCACGAGUCCGAAGGAUGAGUGCUAUUUGAGAUCUUUGAAAAACUCACGAGUGCUUGUUUUAUCCAAAUUUCACGAGAAACCAUCCUAUUACGUAUUAAUAGUAUAUAUAAAAAUGUUCUAGAAUCAGUCUCUAUACGGGGGCAAAUCAUUGUAAGGUGGCCCUAUGACGUCAUAAAGUUUUCUAAGGGACCCUAUGACGUCAUAAAUGUUAAACGUGAGAAGCGGUGUUUUAAACUUUAUUUAACAAUUAUUCACCUCAGUAUAUUGGGGCUCCCUGCCCCCCUCCCCCCCCUCUCGGCGACCCUGAUUAUUAAUGUGAAACAAGCUUUGAAAUUAUGCCCGUUUUUCCCAAACAUACUCAGUGGGAAAAGAAUGUUGCAUGAAAAAGGAAGUGACAUGCAAUAUACCCUUUUGGAAAGUACAUCGUCUUGGCUACAGAGCCUCAUUUUCGUCUUUUUUUGACAUUAUAUAUAGUUAAAGCCCAACAUCUCAAUCCUGAAAACGAGCCUCUAAAGCCACAAGAUGACGUGCUUUCCGGAUGGAUGUUAUUACACAGAGUUUUAAUAUAUUAUCUCAAAUGUAUUUGAAAAAAUUGAGAGCUCUGGCCGUUGGGUCUGGCCUUGCAUCACGAUCCCGUAUAAUUUGGUUAUUUACUCUAUAGUCCAUUAAUUUUAUAGUUAUGCUAUAUUAAAGAGAAUUAUUUCUUAAUCCUCCCCAGAAUAUUCAAUCAUCCCAAGCCAACAAAAGCACAAAUGAGAGCAGCAGCAAUAACAAUACAAAGGUACGUGGAGGUCAUCGUCUCUUGGAAUGAGCCGAAGCGACCAAGAACCUAUGAAUUCUGCCAGGUUUGCUAUUGUAUUGGGUUUGACGAGCAAAUAAAAUCAGAAAUAGGUAUAAAUCACGGGAAUUCGUAAAUUAUAAAUUGCUUUGUUUACACCGAUACCAAAACGGCUUUUGGGACGUAGCAGUCCGGAAUACUGUAUGCAUGUCCAUCGUGCUUUACGCGGUCGGAGGUAGAGGUUUUGCGGUUUUGAGUUUCGACUUUGAAAGGACAACCUUAAUUGAUUCAUAAUCUGGCCUAAAAAUCACUUUGCAAAACAAUAUCUAGAGGGCAAGAAAAUUACUCCUUCAUUCUCUUCCUCCUUCAAUCCUCAUUCUCUCCUUCAAUCUCUUCUUCCGGCAUUCUCUUCCUCCUUCAUUCUCUCCAGUCACAUAUUGUUCUCAACUACUUUUGGUUUUUGGAGGUUUUUCCCAUGGGCAAUGUGCACGUGUAACCCCCGCCCCCCACCCAAAUACUUUUCGUUGGUAAAUUCAUAGGUAUGGUAUAACUGCUUAGGUUAUACAAUUGCAUAGGAUUAGGAUUGUAUUGGAUUAGGAUUGUAUUAGAUUGAAUUGUAUCGCUCAUCAUAAUUUGCAAUGCCUCUAUUUACAGGUAUUUCCGUGGAUGGUUUGUCAGGAAGUCCCUGAAAACUGUGAAAGAAAGGGUCAGUACAAAGUUUAUGAAUUUAACACUGACAAAUUUUGUUAGAUCAAAGUUAUCAAAUCGUGUACAAAUGUUGAAUUGUUUAAUUUUCAAAUUACCCAACCUUCUUCAAACAAAGAUCUCAAGAAAUUAAUCAAUCUUGUAACUGCAAAUUCGUAUAACGCAUCGUAAUUAAAGAAUACACCAUUCAGGAAAGUACGUGAUUUUGGCUGUAGACGUGCAUGUGACAUAAGUUAAAGCGGCCAAUGUUUCAAUCACGAAAACGAGGCUCUAGCCAACGUGAGAUCAGACCCCCAUAUUCCUGUUCUUUCUAAUCCUUCAGUCAGAGCCACCGCCGAGUGGUUGCGCAGGGCCCGGGGCAAAACUUUCCAAGGGGGCCCUUUUGACGUCAUAAUUGUAAAAGGGCAGGAAAGCAGUGUUUUACAAUAUAUUAUACUUUUCUACAUAGUAUCCAACACUAAUGCAGUCAAGAUUUAUAUUCUCAGUUAAGCAAUCAAGAAAUCUUAAGGGCCUUUGUUGCUUUGGGGGCCUCUUACCCCCCUCGGCGGCCCCUGCCUUGAAUUGACACAUUCAUUAUUACAGCUGGAGUAGUAGAAAAAAUGUUUUUCUUGUAGGCGUUGAAACGUACAUUUUCGUUCAACAAAUUCAUAAAAUCGUAUCAAGAUCUCGUCUAUAGAAUCCAAAAACGUUACAAUAUUGAACAUCCCCACACAGCAUUGCAGUUUCAUGAACUACAAGAAUAUGUUGAUAGACUGUUUAGUAAGUAUGCAAGUUCAGUAAGUGUCACAGGCGCCCGUAAAAAAUGUCAUGGGCGCAAAAUAAUGUUGUGGCAACAUUGUUUCCUCGCCAUAUUUCUCAAUGAAGCCAGGAAACAUUGUGUUAGAAACAUUAUCCUGCCGAGUAAAGGCCCAUACAGACCGGACGCGAUUCGGCAACGCGACGCGAAUUUUCAAUGACAUUUAACUUUAAUAUUUUUCUAUGUUUUUCAAGUAUUCGGAACCACUUGAGCAAUUUUAGCUAUUUGGUCUGCAUAUCUUGUAAAAUGUGUAUCCGUUGACGGUUUUAUUUGGUUUUAAGAACUGAAAAUUCGCGUCGCGUUGUCGAAUCGCGUUCGAUCUGUGUGGGCCUUAAAAUGGUCAAUUAUAACAAGAGCUGGCGUGUCAAUACAUACAAAUUAAAGUGGGAAAAUGAGAAAACAAUUCUUGCGAAAGAAUUAUCGAUUUUGUUCGAAUUUUCUCUCAGAAGGAACAUUCCCGUAUAUUUGGCGCAUUUAUUUAGUGGCCAAUUGCUUUAUCUAGAAAUAUGCUAUUCAUUACGCUCUCCAUUCUAUUUUUCGAUUUGUCAUCUGAACUGAAGUAAAUCUGAAAAAGAAAAUCUUACUUUAUAUUAUAUAGAAUACGAAAUUGCCUUUGGUAAGAUAGCAGAGAGUGGUACACUGAGAUAUGAAGAUAUUUUAAAAUAUUUUGCGGAGUGUGGACAUCAUCCAUCUGAGAAAGAAGUUGAUGAUGCCAUUGCCAUGGUAACAAAAGGUAUUAUUAUAAAGAGAUAUUUAGUUAUUGGCAUUUUUCGUUCAAAUGUCAACAGUUUAUUUCCAUGAAUUUCCUUGAUUUCUUUCCAGACUCUCCCAAAGGUCGGAAUUUAACAAAAUCCGAAGCAGUGGAAGUUGUAUUUCAAAUAUACAUUCCAAAAGGAACUGGUCUUACCCUUGCCGAUGUCCGCAAGUCAACCUGGAUGAAUCCUCUUAUUGACGGUCAAGAUGUCAAAAAAAUACUAAGCAAGAAAGAUUUGAAGUUUACAAGUCUGGACAAGGUUUUAAACUUGGUCGCAGAUUCUCAAACUGACCGAAACGAAGUAAAGGAGUUACUUCGAGCUCCUGAUCCUCAGAUAAUGAACGUUGUUGAAAAAACUCAAGAAGAACUGAAUCCACAGCGCAAAGAUGGAAAACAAAAACCUCGGCAGUCUUCUGCCAAGUCACCUGGGGGAGGAAAUUUCAUCCUUGCUCGUGGCCAGUAUCAACCGGUGAAACCAAGCGAAAGUAAACAAAACAAGAAAAGAAGACCAGUAUCAGGCAGAACACAAAAAUGAACAAUGUGUUCCAUGGAACUCGAACAGACUGCCUUGAAACACUACCUGCUGAAACUAAUUAGUAUCCAGACUUACACCGUCAAAAUGGGUCCGAAACAAAUUGCUGAAAAGUUCAUUUCGGUCUGAGCGAUGGUACGCGGCCAGAAACCUUGGACAAUUUCCUCCACUGACCUUGGAUUCGAUUCCCAUGCAGUUGGGAAAUUUAGAAAUUAUCAGUAAGGAAUUUCGUAUCUAAGGAACAACAUAACAAGAAACAAGUUAUAAUCAAAUUCAUACAGUCCAACGACACCAAUGCAAUAGCCAGACUUUAACUAGGAUGUCAAAACUAUCUCUUUUCAUGGAUGUGGCCAAAAAACAACCUCGUACCCAGGGUCUUUUCUCUUGGGGAGCAAAGACCCUGGUAGACGCUGGUCACAUGAUCUGCUAAAAUCUAGCAGAUUUUUAAUUAGCAAUCCAAGAUCAGGUCAAUAAACAUUUGAUAUUUGGAUUAUUUUGAUAGUUUAAUUUAUAAUUUGCAUUUUGUAUGCUUGUCGUAAAGGAAUCCAAGAUAGUUAAUUAGAAAUCUGCUAGAUUUUAGCAGAUCACGUGACCAGCGUCCACCAGGGUCUUUGCUCUCCAAGAGGAAACUGCUCUGGGUACGAGGUUGGCCAAAAAACAUGGCGCUCGAAAUCAAUUGUCAAAAACUCAUAAUUCAGCGUCUUUACGACAAAAAGGUAUCGAAACGUAUGCAUUGCAUGAUAAGUUAAAACAGCAGCUUACAACGUCUAAGGAGAGAAAUGUUCCAAACUUGCGAAUUGCUGUUUUAAAGAUAACGUCUUAUCAGGCCGUCUAUUAAAUAGUAGGACGGUCGGCCUGGGUAAAUAAGGGCAAUAGCACGCAACGAUACAAAAUUCGUACAACAUAUAACAUUGCAAUUAUAACACUAUGACAUAACAAUUUGCUGAAUUACAAGCAAACAAUUAUAUACGCAUUUUGACUUUAUUCUCUAUAUAGCCUUUGACAACUGUUUUCAAAAACAAUAAAAUCGAGAAAAUGCGUGUAUAAUGGUAAUAGUAGGCCUCAGUAACUGUCACUAGGCAUAGUUUUGCCCGAUUAAGGCUUUAAAACUUUUUUGAUACAACGAAAUGCCACUAUUUUCCUAUAUCACUAUCACCCCCAAGUUAAAGUAUCCUCAUCAACUCCAAAACUACAGAGUUUAGAAUUGCUUUCGCAACUGUAGUCAUGCGGAAUGCCUGGCGGAAUGUGUAAUACUAAUACGUGUAAAUAGAAUUGUAAAUAGACUGAAGAAUUUUGUAAUUAUUUUCCUACGUACUUUUGUAAAAUUUUAAAUUUUUUUAACUUAUAUAGAAAGCCAGAAAUACACAUGUAAUUCCCAGA